UGCUCAGCACAGCUGAGAUGAUGAUCAGACGCACCAAAUUGUAGAGCUGAGUUUUGCGCCCGUACUUGUCGCACAGUUACUUUCGGUUUACGUAAGCGUGCUGUUCUACCUUGGAGAGAGAGAAAGUCCGCAGCUGUCAUUAGAUUCCCCAAUCAGCAGAAUUGACAGCAGGUGUGAAUUCAUGUCUGUAUUUCCCGCGCAGAUAUAUACUGCCCAGUGUUGUGCUCGGCCAAAAUAUGACUGAGGUGAUGAUCACCAGCUCCCCCAUGGAGGACAUGAGGCUCAGCCCUAGCAAGGACAGACUCUCUUUCCAGAUAUUCCCUGACCCAUCAGACUUUGACCGUUGCUGUAAGCUCAAAGAUCGGUUGCCAUCCAUCGUUGUUGAGCCUACCGAGGGAGAAGUCGAGAGUGGGGAGCUUCGCUGGCCUCCAGAGGAGUUUCUGGUCAGUGAAGAAGAAGAAGAGGAGCAGGAUAAUGGCAGCAUCCAAAAUGGACAGCCAACACAGAAAUCUCAGCACUAGAGGCUGUGUGGCAGCACCCAUACUCUAUUUUUCCCUCCCAUUGCCACACUGGUUACACUGCACCACAGCACUCAAACAACCUGGCAGACACACAUUCAGUGUCUCAUGUUGCCAUCUCGUUGCCCUUGAACCCAAAACAUCACUCCCGUGAGAGAAGCAAUACACACCGGCAACACACUUUCUCACCAAAUAAUUUCACCACAAAGGAACAGACAAGCACACCCCCAACCUACGCUAACUUCCUACCAUGCCUACCACCGUGUGUCUCGGCUCAUGACGGAUGUCCUGUGGGGACAGCGGCAGAUCAGUGCUCCAUGGACAGCUCUUACACUGCAGGGGGCUACAACUGCUCUGUACUUGACUCCAAAAUGGCUGGCAUCAUGACCCCAGAGACUUCAUACAGAACUGUUGUGGUACCUGUGGGGCUUAUCGUCCGCAGUAACACUGUCCGUACCUUGUUAGUUUCUGGAUUGAUAUGUUGAUUGUUGUAAUUGCCACUGCUGUCCAUAGAUUUUGUCUUUCUGAGAAGUGAAUGUUUUGUGAUUUUUUUUGUAUGAAGUGGGUGUUAUGUGUAAUGUAAUCGGGAUUUCUCUUGGCUCCCCUGUCUAAAAGAUUUUUGUGACUUAUGUCAGGCAUUCACAGUAUAAAAUAAAUAAAUGAAUAAAACUCUUAAAGGCAAUGUGGAAUUGUUUAAGAGAAGUGAGCAGGAAAGUAAACCAGCAUGCCCUGCUAAUGCAAUAAAUUCAUUGUACAAAGGCUUUUUGUGCAGUGAGGGCACAGUCACGCUAGGACUUCUGUGAGCCUUUUGACAAACCGUACUUGAUGACAAAUCAGUAGUACAAGAU